AUGAGUGUGGUGCCUUCCAUUGCUACCGAGAGUCUCCACGAUAUAUAUCUGACCUCUCCGCCAGGUUGCUGUCCCUCCAAGGAUGACCAGAGACCUAGACUGAUUCACAUGCUUUCGACACCGAGGGCGGUCCCGCCAACGUCGCCCUUCGCGCCCCGGCAUCUCCUGUCCAUCGCCGAUCUGACGUCGACCGAAUUCGCCACCCUCGUGCGCAAUGCCUCCGCCCACAAGAAGCACGGCCGCUCGGGCUCCAUCCAGCAGAACUUGGUCGGGUCGUUGACCGGCAAAACGGUGGCGAUGAUCUUCAAUAAACGCAGCACGCGGACCCGCAUCUCCACCGAGGGGGCCGUCGCCCAGAUGGGCGGUCAUCCGAUGUUCUUGGGCAAGGACGAUAUCCAGCUCGGCGUGAACGAGUCGUCCUACGACACGUCCGUGGUCGUCUCGUCCAUGGUCUCGGCGGUGGUCGCGCGCGUCGCCCAGCACGCCGAGGUCGCGGAUCUGGCCAAGCACUCGACCGUGCCCGUGAUCAACGCGCUGUGUGACCGCUACCAUCCGCUGCAGGCCGUGGCCGAUUUCCAGACCAUCCACGAGACCUUCACCCGCAAGGCCCACCGCCUCUCCGGCCUGGGCCUGGAGGGGCUGAAGAUUGCCUGGGUGGGGGACGCCAACAAUGUUCUGUUUGACAUGGCCAUCGCCGCCGCCAAGAUGGGCGUCGACCUGGCCGCGCGGCAGGGGACCGGAGCCCCGCGGGCGGGCCAGCUGCACCAGACCAAUGUCCCCGAGGAGGCGGUCCAGGGCGCGGAUCUUCUGGUGACGGACACCUGGGUCUCCAUGGGGCAGGAGGCGGACCAGCGCCGGCGUCUGACCGACUUCGAAGGGUUCCAGAUCACCGCCGAUCUGGCCAAGCGGGGCGGAGCCAAAUCGGGGUGGAAGUUCAUGCAUUGCUUACCGCGGCACCCGGAGGAGGUGAGUGACGAGGUGUUCUAUGGGCCGCGCUCCCUCGUGUUCCCCGAAGCGGAGAAUCGACUCUGGGCGGCGAUCGCGGUCCUGGAGGGCUUGGUGGUGAAUCGGGGCCGCAUUGAAUGGACGGGACCGUAG